GAUUUUCAGCACGGUUUCCGGCGGCAACGGUCGUGCCUGAGUAUCCUGCUACUUGCCAGGGAUAGCUGGACGACUGCUGCUGACUCUUGCCUUGAGACACAUGUUAUAUUUCUAGAUUUUGCCAAAGGCUUCGACAAGGUCGACCACAACAUUCUAUUACAGAAACUGUUGUCUUACGGUCCCCAAUCUGUGAGUGCUACGCGGUAACUGGUGUUUUUGGCGUGCCAUACUGAUCGAGUUUUCUAGCUGAAAUAUUGUGAAAAACGGUGUUUGAAUAAACUCGUAAAGCGAAAUUUGACUAUUGUCAAAUUUUCUCUGAUCCAAGAUUCCUUGGAUCGAUUAAAGUGCUACUGGACAAGCGUCUGGUCAUCGCCGGACGUUUGACGCCACCUUGUUACUGAAGCUUCGGAUUUCGUCAUGCCCAACUCACUCUGUUUACACUGCUCAAAACUGGUUACUCAGGGCAUUCAGUGUAUCGCUUGUAAAUCCUGGGCCUGUGGUCACAAGCGUUGUUCGCAACUUACGGAUUCGCUUUUUAAGAUCUACGCUGAACACAAAGGCCUGUUAUGGGUCUGUCGGUAUUGCAUUGAUGCAGCUGCACUGGCAAGACGACCGCCGCUUCAGAAUCUUGAGAGAUGCUCAUCCGUUCCUACUGCUAGAAGAGCCAGGAAGUGCAGCGCGGUAUCCCCCGGCGACCAUCCAAAGAAUACGACCAACCAAGUAGAAGACCUGUGUCGCACCUGUCCCCCCGACAACCUGAAUACGUUGCCCACAGUUCCUCCAUGCAGCGGGAUUUUAUCAACUGGUAAACCGGAGCAAACACUACGGAUCUCUGAUGAGCCACCUCCUGCUACAGUCGCCGAUCAUGGAACCAGAAACGAGUCACCGUGGAUUGUUGCGGGAAAGAGACCUCCAGUUUUGACUCCGAGCACCGUUACGCGGCCGUCCGUAUUGUCCGAAACUGGUCUGAUCCAUCCUCGUAACCAUUGUCUGAUGAUCUUUCAUGCCCCGGAGUCAGAGAGUUCCGACCCGCGAAUUCGUUAUGAGCAUGAUGUCGCGUUCUUACAAAAUUUGGUUGAUAAACUCCUGGACCCCGAUGAGCUAGGUAUUCAUAUAAAACGAGUAUUACGCGUGGGAAAACGAACGGCAAACACGCCUCGUCCGUUGCGAAUUGUUUUUGAAAAUGACGUCACCCCAGCGCGUCUUCUGUCCCGACUUUGGCGUCUAAACGGCCUGAAAAUCCACGUGCGUGCCGACCUCACUUUGGAAGAACGUAAUCGCCUUCAAACUGCUACCAUUGAACUUAAACGGCGAACUCAACAAGGUGAGAGCAACAUACAUAUCGUAAAUUUUCGAGUAGUGCAGAAGCGCCAGCUGAUAAACAAGCCGGUGUUGCUGAUGGCGCGCGCCCCAAGCUAGUUGCCGGUCUCACUGUGGCGCUUACGAACGUUCGCAGCCUCACCAAUAAAUUUGAUGAGGUACAUCUCUGGGUAGAGCAACAUUGCCCAGAUUUAUUUUGUCUGACUGAAACAUGGCUCCACGGUGAUAUUACUGAUCCUGAAAUUCACAUCGAUGGAUACACGACAUUUCGGUGCGAACGACCCAAGGGCGCUCAUGGCGGUGUAUUGUUAUAUAUAAAGUCCAGCAUGAGAGGGGGACUCAUAUCUACACAUUAUAGUGCCGACGGCCUAUGCGAACAACUUUGGUGCAGAGUUACUGUUGGGCCGAAUGAACUGAGAGUAGGAGCCAUUUAUCGGAGUCCUUCAAACACUUCCCGUGAUUGGAUCGACGUAGUGCAGCAGCGCUUGAACUGCCGAAAUUUUCUGUUGCUUGGUGAUUUUAACUUUCCACACGUUGAUUGGCCGCAUUAUAAAGCUCUACCUGGCAGUAGCAAUCUCGAAUGCGCUUUUGUCGAUACAAUGGCGGAGAUGCACGCUGUGCAACAUAUCCUGCAACCAACAAGGCAGCUUCCGGGGCAACCUGAAAGCUGUCUUGAUCUCCUUUUCACGAACGAUGAGCAACAUGUCGAAUCCGCUAAAGUAUUUGAACCCAUUGGGUCCAGCGAUCACUCCACGAUUUCAGCCGUCCUACGUUUGCCAUCUGUUGUAUCAUUACGAAUACCCCGUCGUAACAUUUGGAAAGCAAACUGGGAUCGGUUGAUGAGUACUGCGGAACACAUGGACUGGUCAUUACCUUUGAAUGACGGUGUUGAAGUGUGUUGGGAGGUGCUGAAGCAAAACCUUGUUCAGUUACUAGACCAAUUUGCUCCUUUAACACCAAUAAAAUGUUGGAAGAGGCCGCCAUGGAUGGAUAGCGAAUAUGUUGUCAUGUCGAGGCGACGUGCAAAAUUGUGGAAGAGGUUCAAACAAACUCAUAGCGCCGAAGAUUACACAGCUUACAAAACACAAAGAAACUGUUGCAAUUCAGUGAAACUACAGAAGCGUGCGGCUUAUGAAACACGCUUAUCAGCAAAUGCGAAGGAGGCACCCAAAAAGGUUUUUGCAUACAUCAAGCGCAAGCUUAAGCCAACUGACGAGUUACCUGCUUUGGAAAAUUCGCUUGGUGCACUGUUGACCGCCGACAAGGACCGAGCUAUCGCACUUGCUUCACAUUUCGAGUCAGUGUUCGACUCAGCUUCUCCAGCAUUUCAGUGUACCCAAGUCGACGCCAAACUGGAUACAGUAUCCUGUUCAGAGGACCAAGUAAGGGGAUUGCUUGCUAAUCUAGACUGCUCCAAACCGCCAGGACCUGACGGCUUGCAUCCACUACUUCUCAAAAGGCUGGCACCUGUUAUCGCACCUGCAGUGACGGAAUUGUUCGAGGCCUCUUUGACACAAGGGAACGUCCCACGUGAAUGGAAGCAAGCGAUCGUACGGCCCUUCCCGAAAGGAGGAAACAGAAGCAGAGUAGAGAACUAUAGACCGAUUUGCCUGACACCAGUGCUGGCCAAAUUGCUGGAGAAAGUGGUCAAGAAGGCGCUGCUUGAGUUCACAGAAUCACACGGUGUGCUUACAUCAGUUCAACAUGGUUUCCUAAGAGGACGGUCUUGUACCACGAAUCUUCUGACUUCCCGACACAGUUGGAUUGAAGCAGUUAAUGACGGUAGGAGCGUUGAUGCCUUGCUGAUUGACUUUAGCAAAGCAUUUGAUAGAGUGAAUCACUUUAUCUUGCUAUCUAAACUCAACAGUUAUGGCGUGGGUGGAAAAUUGCUGAAAUGGAUUCAGUCUUUUCUGGACAAGCGGCAGUGGUGCGUCCAGGUCAAUGACUACCGAACGAAAUGGUGUACUGCCUCUAGUGGUGUGCCACAGGGCACAGUACUUGGCCCAACGCUUUUUCUGUUUCAUAUCAACGACUUACCAGGACGUUUGACAUCUACUUGCGCGCUGUUCGCAGAUGAUUUGAAAGUUUGGAGGGAAAUAUCGACCCCGUCGAUGAGGAUAUACUGCAAAGUGAUCUCGAUACAAUCUCCUCAUGGGCAUCAACAAACUGCCUUCCACUGAAUGCUGAAAAGUCCGAAUUGCUCCGCAUUGGCAAGUGCUGUCGGGACAGAACUUACAGUGUCGGUGGACGUCUACUGUGCUCGGCUGCGACGGUUAGAGAUCUAGGAGUACUAUCCCGAUGGGACUUAAAAUCGUCAGACAAUACGCACAAGGUCUACUGUUCCAGCCUUCGCAUGUUUUGGUCAUUAAAGCGGACCUUCCACGUUUGGUCGGAGGAAAUUGCUGUCAGGCUAUACGUCUCCAUGGUGCGCCCGCUUUUAGAAUACGGGGCACCGGCCUAUUAUCCAAGUACAAAAAGUGAGAUGAGAAAACUGGAAAAAGUCCAGCACCUAGUCACCCGCCUGAUCCCCACGCUCCGAGGCUUAUCUUACCACCAGAGGUGCCACAAGUUACGUCUCCAUACACUAGUAUACAGGAGAUUACGAAUUGACCUCAUUACAACGUUUAGAAUCCUUCACCUGAGACAUAUGUUCUGUAUUGUGGAUGCACCUAUCACCCGAGGGCAUUCUUACAAGCUGGAAGUUCCACGUAUGGACAAUGUCACUCAUAUUCAUUGUUUCGCGCGACGUGUGAUACAUUUCUGGAACUGGUUGCCCAGUUCCGUUGUUCUUUCUGAUUCAGUGCAGUGUUUCAAACGAAGCAUUGACAAACAUUUUUCAGACUUGUGUUUCGAUGCAGACGCCAUGUUUGACCUCCUUUCGUCGCGUGGUUAUGUCACGGCUACACUAGCAACCCUAAAAGACCAAGACACGUAGUGCUUUCUUUGUGCUUAUAUAUCGGUAUUUUGUUUGCUUAUUACUAAACGACUAUUGAUGUGCAUUCACACAGACCCAUAUUCGGCAUGGGUCAUUUUUGCUUUACUUAUGAUGGAG